GACCCUCGGAGGCAAGCUGAGCUUUGCGUGAUCCGAUCUGCAGGGAUCCGUUUGCGGCGCUUCAAAUGGGGCAGAAACGCGACCUGACGCCGCUUUACUGCUGCUGGAUCCUCAUCAACUCCGUGCUCUCCGAGGACUGGGAUCGUCUCCACACUGAGGACGAGCUCUUCAGGAGUUUGUUCGGAGGCUACAGCAAGUGGACGCGACCGGCGCAGAACAUCACAGACGUGGUCAUCGUCAAGUUUGGCCUCUCGAUCGCACAGCUUAUAGAUGUGGACGAGAAAAAUCAGAUGAUGACAACCAACGUGUGGUUGAAACAGGAAUGGACAGAUUACAAGCUACAGUGGAGCCCUUCCGACUUCAACAACGUGACGUCCAUCAGAGUCCCCUCUGAGCUCAUCUGGGUGCCCGACAUCGUGCUGUACAACAAUGCUGAUGGAGAGUUCGCCGUCACCCACAUGACCAAGGCCCAGCUGUUUCACACCGGUCGUGUCCGUUGGGUGCCCCCUGCCAUCUACAAGUCCUCCUGCUCCAUCGACGUCACCUUCUUCCCUUUCGACCAGCAGAGCUGCAAAAUGAAGUUUGGAUCCUGGACGUACGACCGUGCCAAGAUUGACCUGGAGCCCUUUGAGAACACAGUGGACCUAAAGGACUACUGGGAGAGUGGAGAGUGGGCAAUUGUCAAUGCUGUGGGCACGUACAACACCAAGAAAUACGACUGCUGCCACGAGAUCUACCCAGACAUCACCUAUUACUUUGUGAUCCGCCGCCUGCCGUUGUUCUACACCAUCAACCUCAUCAUCCCCUGCCUGCUCAUCUCCUGCCUCACCGUCCUGGUCUUCUACCUGCCUUCAGACUGUGGCGAGAAGAUCACGCUGUGCAUCUCCGUGCUGCUGUCGCUCACCGUCUUUCUGCUGCUCAUCACCGAGAUCAUCCCGUCCACAUCGCUGGUCAUACCGCUGAUCGGGGAGUACCUGCUCUUCAUUAUGAUCUUUGUCACUCUGUCAAUAAUCAUAACUGUGUUUGUGCUGAACGUGCACCACCGGUCGUCAAAGACUCACACCAUGCCGCGAUGGGUUCGGAGGCUCUUCCUGUCUGUGGUGCCGCGCUGGCUUUGCAUGAAGCGCCCAGAUCAUGGACCCAGACCUGUAAGGCAGCACCAACUGACUGAUAAACACCCCCCUCUCCGGACUCCAGAGCCCUCCCACAGCAUAUGGAUCACUCAGGAGUCUGAUGUUGAUGCUGGAGAUGAAAUUAUCCACUGUGACUUUUCUGGUUAUUCAAACAUGGAGCAUUUGGAGAGGUUUGGGUCCCCGUCUUGUCUUUCCCCUCGGUCUCUGGGUUACACACUCCUACCACAGAGACGGCCCACUCUCAGCUUAGAGUUUGAUACCCCUCCCGUGGAGCAUGGUUCCAUGCAGAACCAACUGGCCUCUGCUCUGUCUCCCGCAGUAGUAUCUGCCCUGGAGGGGGUGACGUACAUCGCAGAGCACCUGAGAGCAGAAGAUGCAGAGUUUUCAGUGAAGGAGGACUGGAAGUAUGUGGCCAUGGUUGUAGACCGGAUCUUCCUGUGGAUGUUCAUCAUAGUGUGUCUGCUGGGGACGGUCGGACUCUUCCUGCCUCCAUGGCUCUCUGGGAUGAUUUAA